UCGAUUCUGGAGAAAAGUGAUGAAACGUAUUUUUCGCGUUAAAUUACAUUCCAUUUGCUCAGUUUGAAUUUUGGCGCUUUGUCAGUGCUGCCACUCUGGGAGCUCUUAAUUUUUUUUUCUCACAGUUGGUGUUUUGUGACGUUUCUUGCAAUAUGGCUCCGUGUGUUUUGUUUAUUGUUUUGUCACUGACACUUUGAUUCAUUUCUGCUUUGAGGAGCAAAACAAAAUAUAGUUCGUUUAUUUGGUGAAUCUUGUAAUACUUUAUCGAAAUGUCUCCGUCUAAUCAAGAUCCCGAUGAUCCAUAUGCAUACGUGGCCAAAGGACCCUUGAAGCUGAAAACUAGCGACUCGAGUGGGAAGAAGAAAAAAAAGAAGAUCAAAGAUGAAAAAAAAUUAGUGGAGGUGGCAAAAAUAAUACAAGAAGAUAACCCACCUGCUGUCGAGUUGAAGAAGACCAAAGCAGAAAUUGCCUUUCAAAAAAUGAAGGAAAAAACACAAAACGAAAGAAUAAAGUUAAAAGCUUCAAAAACACACAAACAACGCGUGGAAGAAUUCAAUAGACAUCUGGACAGUCUGACCGAGCACUUUGAUAUACCCAAAGUCAGUUGGACAAAAUAAAUCUGCUUUUUUUUUACUGUAUCACUAUAU